AUGGAGAGACUUGACGAAGAAAGUGCCGAUCUAGAUUUUUUAGAAGAAAAUCUAAGGAAAACUGAAGCUUUAACCGAAAAAAUGACUAGCAUGUUGAAUGUAUUUGAUGAUAGAUUAGUGAGAUUAGAAGCAUCGAUAUUACCAAUUCAUAAAUCAACACAGACAUUAUCAAAGCUGGUGGAUAACAUUGAUAAAACACGCGGUGGCGUUCUUGAAAUUAUUGGAUAUUUUGAACUUGUCGAACGUGAAGAAAUGACAAUAAAAAGAGGACCAAAUGAAAAUGAUUUGGAACCUUACUUAAAUUCUAUUAAUAAAUGUAAUAAAGCUAUGGAGAUUUUGGGUUCGAUGAGAUUAAAAAGUAGUGAAAAAGUCUUGGCUGCGAUAUUACAAUUGGAAGAUAUCUUUCGUCAAUGGCUAAUUAGUCGAAGUACCCCGAUUGAACCGUUGGCUUAUAUUGCAAAAAGUACAGAAAUUCCUGGUAUCCCAUCAGGUCCCUUAAAAAAUCUUGCGACAUUAUCUUCUUACCUUGCAACAUAUAGUCCAGAACUCGGUUAUAGUAGUGAUUUUGUUAAAGCUUAUAUUGAUGUUAGGUCAAAUUAUCUUGUAAAAUCAUUAACUUUGUUGGGUCAAGCUUCAAUUAGUACUGCUGAAAAAAGAAGUACUCCAGUAUAUGAAAAAGGUACAUGUGGCUUUAAUUCUUACACGGAUUCUUUAUUAAAAAUGUUUAAGAAAGAAUAUGAAGUGGCGGAAAGUAUCCUUACACAUGAUAAUGUGGCUGCAGGAUUUCGAGGAGCAAUUCAACAAUCUUUUGAUAAUUUUGUUGAAAUUGGUAAAACAUUAAAUAAUCGAGUUAAAAAGAAUAUGCAAACAGACGUAUUUCUUGCAUUUGAUAUGAUGGAAUCUUUAAAUAAAAAUGUGGUAGCAUUCGAAGAAAUUUUUAGACUUGCAGGUAAAAAGGAUUCUUCAUACGCAGACCUUUUGCAUUCUUUAAGAGCUGUUGCUUUACGUUCUUUUCCAGAGUUUUUGGAUGAAAUAAAGAGUCAUCGCACAAAAACUUCUGGUCUUCCUAAUGAUGUAACUGUACACGAAUUGACAAUUACAACAUUACAACAAUUGAAACGUUUGACCGAUUAUCCAGAAACGGUCGAAUCAACGUUGUUAACUUUGGGAGAUGGAAAUUGGAAUGUUUCAGAGAAAGAUCCUCUUUCUUCUCGUGAUAAAGGUGGACGGGGUGCAUCUGGAAAUAUUAUAAUGAAACAUUACUUUGCAAAAACGUACAAGAAACCUGCAUUGACAUCAAUAUUUUUACUUAAUAAUUAUCAUUAUAUAUUAAAAUCGAUAAGAUCCCAAUUUUUAUCAGUUUUGGAUUCGGAAAUUGAGUUCAAACAUGAUAAAUUGGUGAAGAAAUAUAAUGAUGCAUAUCAAGAUUCAUGGAAAUCUUGUUUUGGCUUUCUUUUAGAUUAUACAUACGUGCGUGGAGGUACUUUUAAGACUAAUAAUGAUAAACAAACUGUUAAAGAAAAAUUUAAGAACUUCAACACUGAAUUUGAUGAAUUAUACAAAGUUCACAAAGGAUACGCCAUACCAGAUCUUGAACUUCGAACUCAAGUUAUAAAAGACAUAAGGGAUGUUUUAAUACCAAUGUAUAAUCGUUUCUUAGAAAAACCUGAAGUCUGGAGAAUUGUUCGUUGUGGUUUUAAAAUUGCAAAACCGAAAUGGUGUAAUGCUGACGACUUAUAG